AUGAAUAAUUCUUAAAAAAGUAAGUCUGUUAGAUCUGGUUCGGCAAGGGUUAAAUCAGCAAUUGAAAGAGCUGGAUUACUUUAACAAAGAGAAUAAUUAAGAGAAAUGUUAAUCAACAAAUUUACUAAAGAUUAUGCUUAAGGAAAUAAAAACAAAGAAGUUCUAAUAUAAUAAAUAGUUAAUGAAUACUUUAUAAAUGAAUAAGUAAUUACCAAUUCCUAAAUUAGGUUACAGAAAACUCUUUAAAGUAACUUAAAACAAAAGUUAUUGAAGCUGUGUAAAAAUAAAAAGGUUUAAGUCAAACAUAGCAUGUAACUCAUAAUAAUAAUAAUUCUCAAUUUGACAAUAAAAGUGAAUAGAAAUCAUAAAUUCCUAGACCAUAAUCUGUUAAAAAUUCAGCAAAAUCGGAACUUGAUUAAGAUUAAUAUUCUGUAACGUCUUCUCAAUUUGAAAAACAACCAAAAUCUGUAUAUGUAGUUGAUGAAGAAGAUGAAUGGGCUGCAUUAGUUAAAUUUGAUACAGAACUUCAUUCUAAAGAGUAAUAGUUAGAGUAACAGAGGUAGAUAGAGUUUAAGAAGAAAAUGAAAGCUGAAUUAGAUAGACAGUUAGAAGAAAAGAAAAGAAGAAUGGAAAUUGAAAAAAGACAAGAAGAAGCUUAUGUUAAAUUAAGAGAUUUUUAAAUGAAUGUUUAUGAUCAAAGGGAAGAGCAAAAAAAGAGAGAUAUAGCAAAAAAGUAAUAAUUGGAGAAAGAAUAAAGAGACAGAUAAGUAAGAGAAGAAGAAAAAAGAAAGUUUUUAGAAUAAAAGAAAUAAUAAGAAUUGGAUGCAAUUUUAGUUUAAAGGAUUUAAGAAGAAUUAAAAUAAGAAUAAAGAGAAGCCUUAUAAAAGAAAGAGAUAGAGAAGAGAAAGUUUGUAGAAAUGAUGGAAGAGAAUGAAAAAAAUAGAUAAAAAUAAAUCUAAGAUGAAAUAACAGACAAACAAUUAGAAAUUGAUAUGUAAAGAAAAUACAUCUAGUUACAAUAAAAGUUAGAGGAAGAGAGAGAAUUGGAGAAAAAAGAAAGAGAAGACAAAAUUAAAAAGAUAAUGAGUGAUUUUUCAUAGACUGUUGUGAAAAAUUAAAAAGAUUAAAUUAAGUAUGAAUAUCUAUUAAUAAUAGGGUUGAAGAUGAUAAAAUGAUGAAGGCUAUAUUAAUGUAAAAUGAAAUAGAAUAAUAAGAUGAAGAGAUGAAAAAAAGACAAAUUAAAUAGUAAUAGUAAGAAAUGAGAAAAUAUUUAAUUAAGUAGAUGGAAGAUAAGAAGUAUUUAUUUAAUUAUGAGUAUAGGUAGAGAUUAAAAGAAGAAGAAGAAUUGAAUAAGAAAUAAGCCUAAGUUUGGUAACAAGAUUUAUAGACAUUUUAAUAACAUGAAAAAUCAAAAUAUGAUUAUAUAAAGGAUGUCAAUGUUAAACAUUAAGAGAUCUUAAAAUAAUAAAUGGAUGAGAGAAAAUCUUAGUAGAGACCAAGAAAUAAAAUGAAUAAUGAAGAAUUAAUGCAUAAUAAACCUUUGUUAAAAGAAUUGGCAGACAAACAAGAUACUAUUAAAGUGAGGAAAAUUAAUAUAGGAUGA